AUGCUCUCCCGCGCCGCCACCCGUACCACGACCUCUCUGGUCACCAAGCGAGGCUUCCAGACCACCCGCGCUCGCCUGUCCUCGCCUUACCACUACCCUGAGGGCGCCUACAGCAACAUUCCCUUCAACCCCCGCAGCAAGUGGUUCGGCGUUGGCUACUGGACCUUCAUGGCCACCGGUUUCUUCGCUCCCUUCGGCAUUGCUGUCUGGCAGACCUACAAGCCCCAGUAA